CAUCCCCAAGACCCUCUCUUCCAUGGAGCAGCUGGUGAAGGACCUGGAGAUGGCAUCUAUGAGGCAGGGACGGGCCUUCCUGGCUCGCAUCAACCACAACAUCCCCAAGACCCUCUCUUCCAUGGAGCAGAUGGUGAAGGACCUGGAGAUGGCAUCUAUGAGGCAGGGACGGGCCUUCCUGGCUCUCAUCAACCACAACAUCCCCAAGACCCUCUCUUCCAUGGAGCAGAUGGUGAAGGACCUGGAGAUGGCAUCUAUGAGGCAGGGACGGGCCUUCCUGGCUCGCAUCAACCACAACAUCCCCAAGACCCUCUCUUCCAUGGAGCAGAUGGUGAAGGACCUGGAGAUGGCAUCUAUGAGGCAGGGACGGGCCUUCCUGGCUCGCAUCAACCACAACAUCCCCAAGACCCUCUCUUCCAUGGAGCAGAUGGUGAAGGACCUGGAGAUGGCAUCUAUGAGGCAGGGACGGGCCUUCCUGGCUCACAUCAACCACAACAUCCCCAAGACCCUCUCUUCCAUGGAGCAGAUGGUGAAGGACCUGGAGAUGGCAUCUAUAAGGCAGGGACGGGCCUUCCUGGCUCGCAUCAACCACAACAUCCCCAAGACCCUCUCUUCCAUGGAGCAGAUGGUGAAGGACCUGGAGAUGGCAUCUAUGAGGCAGGGACGGGCCUUCCUGGCUCGCAUCAACCACAACAUCCCCAAGACCCUCUCUUCCAUGGAGCAGAUGGUGAAGGACCUGGAGAUGGCAUCUAUGAGGCAGGGACGGGCCUUCCUGGCUCGCAUCAACCACAACAUCCCCAAGACCCUCUCUUCCAUGCAGAUGGUGAAGGACCUGGAGGACCAGAGAGGGGCUAUCCCUCUGUCUGCACCCCGCUUUGAGAGCCUCAUCCUGGGCAUAGUCUACACUGCCCACCAGGCCAAGCUCCAGGAGAGAGAGGAGGACCAGGAGAAAUGGGGAGAGGUGCUGAAACGUUUAGCUAAUGUUACAGUCAACGAACUGCGUAGACCGGAAGCCAUCACAACAUGUUUUAAUAAAGUAUGAACUGUUUAUGAAACGUAACAAUUUAUCACCAGAAACAUCUUAUAUAGGUAUUUUAAACAUCUGAAACAC